AUGGCAACCCCAAGAGCAGAUAACGAAAUUGAAGAAGUGGAAGCAGAUCUGCAUGAAAUUCAACCUGUAUUGGAAGCAAAUGAAGAAAUCCAAAUCCAACCAGCAUCCACUGAGUUCGACGACUACUCCCGCUACUUUGAUGUUGAUGGCCGCACCAAGAGAAAAGGCAUCGAGAACCGAGCAUUCAGAAUAGAAUGUUACUCUUGUGAAUUUGACGUAUGUUAUUGUAGUGAUGAUGAUUUGAGCUUAAAUAUUCGCACUCAUAAAAUUGUGAAAAUGAUGAUUACAUUGUUUUUUGUUAUGUGUUUGGUGACAAGUAGUACUACUGCUAACACAUUUGAUGACAUGGAUGAUUUGGAGUUGGAGAGACAACUAAAUCUUAUUAACAAAAUGUCAGGAUACAUAGUUGAUUGUGUUGAUAUCAAUAAUCAACCUGCUUUUAGUCAUCCUUUGCUAAAGAAACAUAAAUUACAGAGAAAACCAAGUUUUGAAAAGCAGAAUAGUGAAACAAAUGUAAAUAGUUCAUCAACCAAAUUCAUUCAUGUGCUUGAGAAAGUUAGUUGUCCUAAAGGAACCGUCCCAAUUCGAAGGAUAACAAAAGAUGACGUUAAUCAAGGAAAAUCAUUAUUCAAUGACCAUAUCCUAACUCAAAAUAGCAUUCGUACUUAUUAUGCUGAAUUGUUUGCAAAUGCUGUGAAUGGUCCUUACUAUGGAGUUAGUGGAAUUACUAGUAUUUAUAAUCCAAAAGUUAUUGAGGGCCAAACAAGUGCAAGUCAUAUAUAUGUUGAAAAUGGAAAGGGAGAUGGUAACAAUAAAAUUACUGUUGGAUGGCAUGUAUCUCCACAAUUAUACAAAAAUGAUGCAACUCAUUUCUACUCAACAUGGACGUCACAAAAUUACAAGGAUGGAUGCUACAAUAUGUUGUGCCCAGGUUUUAUUCAAACCAACCGUGCAUAUUACCUUGGUUCACGCAUAGCAAAUACAUCAUCAACUUCUGGUAGAACAAAAGUUGAGAUGCCCAUUUCUCUUUUACAGGAUGAAAAAACCAAAAAUUGGUGGUUGCUCGUUCAAGACACACCAAUUGGAUAUUUUCCAGCACAUUUAUUCUCUAACUUGGUGAUAGCUAAUAGAGUGGGAUGGGGUGGAUUAGCAGCAACUCCUACGGGUACUAGUCCUCCAAUGGGAUCUGGACUUUUUCCAGAUAAAACUUACAUUCGUGCUUGUUAUUUUAGGUAUAUUUCAUUUCAAGACAAAAAUAGAAAAAAGGUUCAACCUCCAGAUUAUAUGACACGAAAGUUCCUUAAUGCCCCUGGUAAAUGUUAUGCAAUUGAUUACUAUGAAUAUGAUGGAAAGGAAGCUGGAUAUGCUCUUGAAUUUGGAGGACCUGGUGGUAAUUGUGGCAAUUAA